CGCAGCGAUCGGUGGCGCGCACCUGCUAGUGCGUCGAUCUUUGCCUUGUCAUCAAGUGAAGACACUCCUGAAGAAUUUAGUUGCUGCUACAGCAGAUGAACAAGAUGCCUAUCCUCGUCAGCGUCACCUUCAUAAAUGUCCUGAGUAGCAGCUUGAGGCUCGAUAGCACAAGAAGUGCCACGUGUCCUACUUUGCUCAUACAUCUGUGAUGUAAGUACAUUCCAAUAGAUUUCCUAUCAAGCGCAGUCAUUUUCUACUCUUCUCUGUCAACAUCGUUGGACGCAUUGAAUUUUGAGCAUCAUCAUCUGUGUUAGUCUACUGACUACGUGACGUGGUCAGGCUGAUCUAACUAGAAGAAAAACAUGCACACCAGUGUUUCAUUUGAGGGGGAACUGCGCAAAACAGGCGGAAUUUACAAAACUCGACAGUAUGUGAAUUUGCGAAGUACCCUGCCACCGAAGUUGUUUCUGGCUUCGUUUUGUGUCAACCUGAUAUUGCACGGUGUUUUCUUUUUCUCGUGCCUAGUGCCGCUCAAUCAGGACGUUGAUAACGGAAAUACCGCAGAAGACACUCAAGAAGAGGCAAACAUAUUGGCGAUCGAUAGCACCAACGCCCAUCAGGAAAACAGGACGAAAAACGCCAACACCUUGCCACACACCGUGGCGGUGACUUCGCUCUUAAUUUUGAGUUCAGUGCUCGCCGGGUGGUCGAUUGUGCGCAAAUUUCACGUGGAUUACGCCCGAUACGCGGGCAUUUCCAGCGGGUUUCUUGCGAUCAUUCUGUUCAUCACCUGGGUCGAGCUGGCGUCCGUGCAGAAUCUGCGCUCCUUGUACAGAGUGGUGCUGCUGCUUUACAGGUGGAUGCAGGAUAGCUUUGCUGGAAUUCUCCGAGAGGAAAAAUCAAAAACUGGAGCUCCUGCCCUCGAUACUACUGCAGCCAGAAUCGAAGGGCAAGAAUACGAACAGUACCACAAAACUGAGGAUGAAAUAUUGUUGCAGAAUAGUGCAGCCUAUGACUGGCCUCAGCGAAUAGACUCAGCGAAGUCCUCACCUGCCAGGACCACGCACCUGCUGGUGGGGUACAAGAUGUGGAUGUAUCUCUUGGUGGCAGGCUGCAAUUUUUGGGCGGGCUACGCAGGAACGUUGGUCUACAGGUCCCACAGAAACUACGUGUUGCAGUGCUUCAUCCAGGAGAAUUCAAAGUUCAGUUGAAAACGAAAAGGAAACUGAAUGCACCGAUUCAAUCGAAGAUUCUCAUCCUGCAUGAAGGAGAAAGGUGCUACGUGGUAGUACACAUGAUUUUGCGUUCUGCUUUUGUGCUUCUACUUUCACGCUUUUUUUCGUUGCGUCACUGUUGUCUUCGUGAUAGCAAAGAAGUGAGUUUC